CUACAAGAAGAAAGAUGCAGAUUUGUCUGUGGCUCAGGGUCGCAUCAAGGAUCUUGAAGUACUCUUCCAUAGAAGCGAGGCAGAACUCAAUACUGUCCUGAAUGAGAAACGCAGUCUGGAAGCCGAGGUGGCCGAUUUGCGUGCCCAACUUGCUAAAGCUGAAGAUGGUCAUGCUGUGGCUAAGAAGCAGUUGGAGAAGGAGACACUCAUGCGUGUGGACCUGGAGAAUCGGUGCCAGAGCUUGCAAGAGGAUCUGGAUUUCAGGAAGAAUGUGUUUGAGGAGGAAAUAAAGGAAACAAGAAAACGACAUGAACAUCGCCUGGUUGAGGUGGACACUAGUCGCCAACAGGAGUAUGAAUCCAAAAUGACUCAGGCCCUGGAGGAUCUGCGAAAUCAACAUGAUGAACAAGUCAAACUGUAUAAGAUGGAGCUUGAGCAGACCUAUCAGGCCAAGUUGGAGAAUGCCAAACUGUCCUCUGACCAGAAUGACAAAGCUGCAGGUGCAGCUCGAGAAGAGCUGAAGGAGGCUCGCAUGAGAAUAGAAGCUCUUAGCUACCAGCUCUCUGGUCUUCAGAAACAGGCUAGUGCAGCAGAAGAUCGCAUUCGUGAGUUGGAGGAAAUGAUGGCUGGUGAGCGGGAAAAGUUUAGGAAGAUGCUAGAUGCAAAGGAGAGGGAAAUGACAGAAAUGAGGGACCAGAUGCAGCAGCAGCUUACAGAGUACCAGGAACUGCUUGAUGUUAAAUUAGCACUGGACAUGGAGAUCAGUGCUUACCGAAAACUCCUGGAAGGAGAAGAGGAAAGGUUGAAGCUCUCUCCAAGUCCCUCCUCCCGCGUUACAGUCUCUCGGGCUACCUCCAGCAGCAGCAGUAGCACUACUUCACUUGUUCGCUCUUCCCGAGGCAAGAGAAGACGUAUUGAAGCAGAGGAGUUUUCAGGCAGCGGAACAAGUGGAAUUGGCACUGGAAGUAUUAGUGGCAGCAGUAGUAGCAGUAGCUUCCAAAUGUCCCAGCAAGCUUCAGCUACAGGAAAUAUCAGCAUAGAAGAGGUCGAUCUGGAGGGCAAAUACGUUCAACUGAAGAACAACUCAGAGAAGGAUCAGUCUUUGGGUAACUGGAGACUGAAAAGACAAAUUGGAGACGGAGAAGAAAUUGCUUACAAAUUUACUCCUAAAUAUGUCCUCAGAGCUGGGCAGACUGUAACAAUCUGGGGUGCCGAUGCAGGCGUAUCUCAUAGCCCCCCUUCUGUUCUCGUGUGGAAGAAUCAAGGCAGCUGGGGCACUGGAGGAAAUAUCCGCACAUACCUCGUAAACUCUGAAGGAGAGGAAGUUGCAGUGAGAAGCGUAACUAAAUCAGUAGUUGUGCGAGAGAAUGAAGAGGAAGAGGAUGAAGCAGAGUUUGGAGAAGAAGACCUUUUCAACCAACAGGGGGAUCCCAGAACAACCUCUAGAGGGUGCUCAGUGAUGUGAAGACAGAAAGAAGAAACUAUUAUUUGCUAACUUUUUUUUUCCAUUUAUUUCCUUUUAUUUUUUGCUAUUUUUUUCCCUCCAGAGCCACUGAAAACUAUUUUUAUAUGCAUCAUCUGAUUUCUUUGAAGUUUACUCCUUGGUACAUUUUUAUAGAAAAAAUUCAAAAAAACCCUUUAUUGAACAAAACUGCCAGAACUUUUAAUAGAUUUCUUUAUUUUUCCCUCUUUGUUGAAACACUAUAUUGGAAUACGACACUUUGCCCAUACAGAGUUUAAAGUCUUAUGUAUAAACCUGCAGCAGAAAAGAAAGUUUUAAGUAAAAUGGGAUGAGACUCCUUGAGUGUACGGUAAAUCUGUAAUUGCAUCUGUAACCAGGAUAUCUAAAAAA